AUGUGUCUGUUCUUUGCCGGCUUUGGAAGCGCUGCUCAAGGACUGGCCAUGCACGCGGCCUUUCUGGAGCCAGAGGACAUGGCGCGAAAGAUGCCCUGCCUGCGGCAAGAGGGCCCGUCCUGUGGCUCCACGUGCCUCUCCAUGUCCUUAGCCUACUUCGGCCUGCACCUGGAGCCCAGGCUCAUCGAGGAGCGCAUCCAUCCCUACGGCCGCCUGGAUCUAGGCGAGCUGCCCUCGGAGCUGGCGCGCUUCGCGCGGUCUCUGGGCUUGGCAGGGUCCAGGCACUACAACUGCGGCAGCCUCGAGGAGAUGGCGCGCCACGUGCAAAAGGGCCCGGUGAUUCUGAUGCUGAACUACCGCCUUGGCACAGGGCAUUUGGUGCUGCUACUGGGCGUGGAGCGGGGUAUUGCGGGUGAGAUCCUCCAGCUGAGGAUCCGCAACCCCUGGGGCUUUGAUGAGACGAUCUCUGCGCGGCAGCUGCUGCCCGAGUGGCGGCGCCUGCGGCAAUCCAAGACCUCAAAACUGGGCCGCUGCCUGCCCGUCUUCGACGCCGGCUAUUGCGUCAUCGCCGCUUCGACCGAAGCUGCGCAAAACGACGCGCAGGACUUCUGGCAAGCAUGGCACUCGGGUCCGGUGGACGUGCUCAUCGCCUCAGCGAAUGGCCUGGGCGGAAGUCUUGCGACCCUGCGCUGUGGCCACGUGCUGCCCGGACUGAUGCAGCUCCUGGGGAAUCUGCUGGGCACGCUUGGGGGCCUCGGCGCUUACGCGCUAGGCAACCUGAUCGGCCUGAACCUGCAAUUCCUGGGGGAAGACCUCCUGGAGUCUUCCCCCAGCUCCCUCAGCGGAAGAGCGUUGGUCGCCAUUUCGGCACCCUUCUCUGUCACAGGGCGGUGCCUGGCGCUGGCUGUGCUUUGGGCGCGGAAGGUGUUGGUGUGCUACGGGGAGGCUUGUGCAGGCCGCGACGCGCUCUCCGCCGCUCGAUCCGCUCCCGCGCGCGGUGCUGCCUGGAUCGGGGUGAUCCUUGCGGUGCCCUCUGAGGUGGCGUGUGUAGAGAUCACCCAGUCGCAGGAGGAGCUCUAUAGCGCACGCCCACGGUUCGCCUGGACCGCUGGGCCGCGCGCCCAGUUCGGCCAGGCUGGUGAAGAGUGGACAGAGGUGCAGACCUUCACCCGCGCGGCGGCCCAGCGACGCCAACGCAAGGUGCCCUUGGUCUACUCAAAGGGCGUCAGUGUCGGGGAGCGCGUCUUUCUGGGCCCGGCCGGGCAGCUCAGCUUGCAAUUGCUCGACUUGGUCGCAUGGGGCGUGUCUUGCUUCCAUGUGCUUCGGUUCGCUUUGGCCGUGAGCUUCUUGGGCUUUCUGUGCUUCCGCCUGGCCACCGAACAGCAGCGCUACUUGCAUGAGCGAGCCCAGAGCAGGGCGGCUUGCACGGAACUCGCAGAGAUGCUGCGGGGCAAACGCCACAUCCACUGA